AUCAUGUGUGCCAGCGGUGACACAAUCAGGAACAUCAUGUUGGCUGCUCAUCGGCAAGGAAUGACCAACGGGGACUACGCUUUUUUCAAUAUUGAACUCUUCAACAGCUCAUCAUUUGGAAAUGGCUCAUGGAGAAGAGGAGACAAACAUGACCUUGAAGCCAAGAAGGCAUACUCAUACCUCCAGACCGUCACUCUGCUGAGGACCGUGAAGCCUGAGUUUGAGAAGUUUUCCCUGGAGGUGAAAAGUUCUGUUCAGAAGCAAGGUCUGCAUGAGGAUGACUACGUGAACAUGUUUGUGGAAGGAUUCCAUGAUGCUAUUCUUCUUUAUGCUCUAGCUUUACAGGAAGUCCUGAAGUUUGGUUUCAGUAAGAAAGAUGGGGAAAAAAUUGUUCAGCAAACACGGAACAGAACAUAUGAAGGCAUUGCAGGGCAGGUGUCCAUUGAUGCCAAUGGAGAUAGAUAUGGGGAUUUCUCUGUGAUUGGAAUGACGGACCCAGAGACAGGCACACAGGAGGUGAUAGGAGACUACUACGGAAAGCAAGGACGUUUUGAAAUUCGAUCAAAUGUUAAAUAUCCUUGGAAUCAUGGCAGGCUGCGACUGGAUGAAAGCCGAGUCUCAGAGCACACAAACAAUACACCAUGUAAAUCAUGUGGUCUAGGAGAAUCAGCAGUUACAGGAAUAGUUGUGGGUGCCUUGCUUGGAGCAGGAUUGCUAAUGGCUUUCUACUUUUUCAGAAAGAAAUACAGAAUAACUAUUGAGAGGCGAACUCGACAGGAGGAGUGUAACAUGGGGAAACAUCGGCAGUUACGUGAAGACUCCAUUAGAUCUCAUUUUUCUGCCGCAUAAAGAAGAAGAAAAAGAAUCCCAUUCUUCCUAGGAAAAAAAAGAAUUAGGAAAAAGGACACAACCAAAGACAUCAGUGUAAAAAGAAGAGGCUCUUGAAGAACUCACUCUUUUAAGCAGUAAUUUUGUCUUAAUUUCUUUCAAAAGCUCAGGAAUGAUUUACUAAUCACAUUAUGCCGCAUGGCCUUUCAUCUCAUGAAAAAAGAAAACGAUGCAGUUUGAUGUUAUAGGAUGCACUUAGUAUGUAAAGACAGUAUUUCUUAAAGCAUAUAUUAAGGACAGCAGAUUUGGGUUUAGUUGAUGGGGAAUGCCUCAUUCUGAUCCCUUCUUUUUAUAACUCUUGUCGCCUCCUUCCUUAAUUGCAUCUCACCCAUGGAUAUCAAAUAUGGUUUCACAGGCACAGGUGCUGGUUGCUGUCAAAAUGGAAAAAAGUUCAUCUGGGGUAUGAUCCUGCAUCACUGAAUCAUUGCCAUUGAUUAAAGGGGAUACAAGAUUGGCCAUAAUGAGUUUAGUUCUGGGAGGGAACUGGCACUCGGGUGUAAUUAACUCCACUGGGGUGUAAUUAACUCCACUGAGAAGUCAGGCAGGUGGAAAUACACACAAACCAUUCAUUCCUUGUUUGUGUAGUAUCACAAACAAAAGCACUGAUUCUCCCUCUUAGGUGCUGGGAGUUAGGAAAAACUCCAGUGAAGGAUGAGGAGUUUCACAGGUGUGAAAUAGUGAGGGAGAAGACAAUCAGGCCUCUGGAGAGGACUGACUAAUUCCUCAGUCUUAUAUGUGUUUUCUCAUGCUCUUUUCUCUCCACUGCCGUGACUUGUCAGAGAGGCAAAUACAGUCCAUGUAGAGCCUGCUCCUGUUCCCAGUGAAGUCAAUGGCAAAAUCCCAUUAACUUCAGUGAGCACAGGACUACAUCCAGAAUUGUAAAUAUGAAAGUGUUUGUAUAGCUGAGGCAAUUCAAAAGGGGAUCUUUUUUGUGUAAAAAUGACAUUCCAUGCUACCAUUUUAUUUUUAGGAUAUUUUUAUCUUGUAUUUUUCUAUUAAAGUAUCUAUUUUUGCUUUGGUAGGAUUAAAAGGGAGAGGAUGUUUUGAAGACAUAUUUUUUAUGAUAGGAGUAACAGGCAGGGAAAGUCAACAGCUGUAGAUAUGUUUUAGAACCAGUAUUUAGGGGAGGAGAAGUGACUUUGUAGAUACUAACAGACUUUUUCCCCCACUUUCUUCUCCAGACACGUGCAACAUUCAAAUAGUUGUUUAAACAAUAUAAAUGCAGUUAUUGAAUUGUCUAUGUGAUAAUGGCCCUGAUCCUGAAAAUAAUUAACUUUUCACAUGUUAAAUAGUCCUACUUUAGUCAGUGAGACUAACCAUGUGUGUACAAUUAAACACGCAAGGAACUACCUUCAGGAAUUGGGGCUGUAAAACACUAUUCUAGGGCUGACUUUAAUCCCAUUGCCAUCAGUAUCCCUGGGACUUUGGCCAUUUACUUUACCAGGAGCAAAACUGAAUCUAUGAUGAAUUAGCUACUGACAGGUUACUUUAUACUAGACAAAGGAGAGCUUGCACUUUCUAGUCAACAAAUGGAAAUGAACAGUACAUAUUAUAGCUAUGGUGAAGAAGACCCAUAAAAAUGUUUUGUGAGAGAAAAUUCAGCUAUGACUGUGGUUCUAGUGCUUGAAAUCUUUUAGUUUAUCCUGUUCUCAUUUCAUAAGCAGAACUUUCUGCCCUCAGCAAUCAUAGUCAGACUUGAAAGUUAAUCUCAAAACUGACAUUGAAGCCUGUGUUCUACAAAAAUUCUAGGUCCUGAGAAGCCAGAGUACCAGUUCAGAUAAACCAUUUUGGGGUAGCUGGAAGUGAAUGAAGAGUGAAAGCUGCCUCUGUCUUCUUUCUGCUGCCUUUUAUUUGUUAAUGGGGAAGUACCCCAUGGAGAAUUUAAUUGGAUUUUUUUUUCCUUAUGUUUUACUUGUCUCUUAGGAUAUGCAGGGGUUCAUCACCUAUUCUUAUAAAACAUGUCCAGUGUCCCAGGCAGCCAGAGGGCAGGGCUGCCUGGCUGUCAGGGCAGCUCCAGUACAGGUGGUAGAUGCAGACCAGGUAGAUUUGGUGUCUUUAGGACUGACUGUAACAGCUCUUGUUCACACAGUAGAUUUCCAUCAUCCCAUUUCGCAUUCUGAACCUGUAUGACUUCUGCAAAGGUGCCUUAGCCAAAGUAACACUGUGGUCAGUGGACAGUUUUUUGAAGUAGCUUCCUUGUCUCAUGGACACCAGAGAAGAAUGUAGGUUAGAGUAGCAUUUGUACUGUUUCAGAGCUGGGGAGAAAAAGAGACUUCCUGAUUAGGUUUUGGAACUUUUUUCAAGCAUUUGAGUUUGUCUAGCCUCUAGGCAUGCUUAUAGUUUGGGUUUUUUUGAUACUUUCCAAGGGAGUUUUGAUCUACUUGUUUUGCAAAUAUGCCUUUCAGUGUUUUCACUUUCUUCUAUCCAUUUGACUAUUUUGCCACAGAAAAAGGAAAGGAAAACCUUUAAAUAUGUAGAGGAAAGAGGGUAUGAUUUGAAGGAUAAACUUUUUCCAAAAUUAUAUUUGUUAUGACUUGGCCUUGCAGUGUGAACUAGUACUCAAGCAGUCAUUAGUUAGGGACCAAGACAGUAGUGUAUUUUUCCUGGGCUAUGCAAGGUCAGACCAGAAGAUCUGAGCCAGGAGAUCUAGCUGGGACAACAAAUUGUUACGACAGCUUUUUUAUUACCCCAUCUUACUAUAGCUAAACAUAUU